UCCUGGCCGUCUAUUAAUACAGAUGCACUUUGUACUCUGGGUUUGUCUUUGAGCUCAGUUUUCCAGCUCUGGGCUUGUCUUCUAAUCAACUCAGCAACCAUGAAGAUCUUCUGCUUUUUGUGGCUGAUGCUCUGCCUACAAAUCUUCCAGGUCAAUCCAGUUGCUGGUUACGACACACAUCAAUGUGCCAAGAAAAAAGGAAUCUGUGAAGCCAAAAAAUGCCCAUUACUUUUUAUUCAAGUUGGCACCUGUUUUCAAGGAAAAUUCCAGUGCUGUAUAAAUAGAUUGAGGAGAAACGACAGAAGGAAGAAUGUGUAA